AUGAAUCAGACAGACAAAAACCAACAAGAAGUUCCUUCAUACCUUAUUGAUGAACCACCAAAAGCUUCAAUGAAAGACCAUCCACAACAGCAGCCUGGCAUGUUGUCCUGUGUAACUGGUGGCAUAUUCAAUGUGACAAAAGGAGCAGUUGGCAUCACCAUUGGUGGUAUGGCUUGGAUUGGAGGGAAGAGUCUGGAGGUGACCAAAACAGCUGUUACCACAGUGCCUUCCAUGGGCAUAGGGCUGGUCAAAGGAGGGGUGUCUUCUGUGGCUGGUGGUGUCAUAGCUGUCAGGUCCGCUAUUGUAGACAAAGUGCCCUUAACAGGAAAAAAGAAAGAUAAGUGA